UGCUUGAUCUGGUCGCGGGGCAGAAGGAACUGUUCUGGCGCAGGCAGCAGGUAUAAAUCCAAUUACAACGAAGAUAGAAAUCCUGUCCUGCUAGUUCUCAGCAGACAUGGAAGAUAAGUCUAUCUUUGAGCAGGAGUUAAGACGAAAGACUACUCCCGCCAUCAACCAAAAGCGGGCAAGUUAAAAACAGCAGAAACAAAUGAUCAAGAUGAAUUAUACGACCGACUUCUUCAGCGACAUAUACAAUACAGCACCGUAUCAGUAAGCUGUUUGUAACACACGCAGAGGAUUUUGCCAUCGCGUCUAACGGAGUUCUUCCCGCGGACUAUUUCUGGAAUUCGAUCGUUAUCAUGGAAAUGUACACUGACGUCCUACUUGUCACUGCAAAUGUUGGAUCAUUAUUCGACAAUGUGGGUGAGAUUGAGAGUGACUGGAUGCGAGAAUUCUUUGGGACAGUCCAGAGUCACAAACCACGCUUCAUUGCCCUGCAUUUCCAGGAGGUUGGAGGGAAGGACUACAUGGUCAACAUGGGCCAUGCAGAGAACUUCUUUUGUAACAUUGAGUCCAAUGAGGAGAUGAGGGACUUUGACAGGGUCUGCACCUAUGUGGACAACCACUUCAAGAACGUGGACAGCUUCACUGCCUUGGGAAGCAUGUACUUCAUCCAUAAGUCAUUGAAAAACAUCUACCAAUAUGAUUUUAAUGUUAAGGAUUUCAAAACAGUGUCUGGACAGAACAAGUAUGUAGGCUCCCUGGAUGAAGUAACCACAGUGGAGAAAGAAAAAUUCCUGAAGAAUUUCUGGCCCGAUUUCAAAUGGUCGAGGAAGGGCUUUAUGAGGACCCGGUGGAUCAUUCACAACCAGGGUCUGGACCUAGUCAACGUACACCUCUUCCACGAUGCCUCCAACCUCAUUGCCUGUAACACCAGUCCCUCCAUUUACUCAGACAACCGCCAGAAGGCCCUGAGAUAUGUCAUCAACAGGAUAUCAGACAGCAGCUACACCCCACUCCCCUUCUUCCUGUUUGGGGAUUUCAACUUCCGCCUGGACACCCUUAGCCUGGUCCAGAACUUGUCCACUUCAGCAGUGGUGCAGACAGUGAAGAAGGACAGCAGUAAUGAGGUGGAAAAAAUUAUCUGUGAGCAAAAGGACAAUGACCACAAGGUUCUUCUCCAUAUUGAGACCAAGAUGUUUGCCUACCUGCACCAGGCAGUGUUCACAGAGGACAACGGCAGAGCGAUUCUGAAGUAUGACAAGGAGAUCUCAGCCUUUCAAGAUGUCAUUACAGAGGAAGACAUUCUGUUUCCACCCAGUUACCCAUACUGUGAGGACUACACUAAACCCACCCAGUACAUGAACACUCGCUGCCCCUCCUGGUGUGACCGCAUUCUCAUGUCUCACACUGCCCAAGAUAUCAUCCACAGGAGAGAUGAUGGAGCGAGCAGUGUUGUUUACAACACAAUGGGCCCUAAUGUCUGCAUGGGAGACCACAAGCCUGUAUUCUUGUCCUUUGCACUGAAGACGAAUGGCCAUUGACAAGGAUCCCGCUCAAUGGUAUGCCAGUAUCUAUCCAACACAAGUCCCACUGGCCAUCACCAUCACACUCCCACUCCACUAUCUGUACCAGAGGAUAAACAGAACAGCUCGUAGCCAGUCACGGGACCCAGCCUCUCUCUGAUGUACAUGCAGUCAGUCAGUAUCCACCCAACCAGGUUCCUCAUGUUCUCUUCUCCUCUCACUCCAAGUUAUUGAUUGCCAUGGCUUGGGUGACAUCACCACAGAUUUGAUCAUCAGCAUUAUGGAUUUUUUUUGACGGACAAUUUGCUCUGUCCUGUGCUCGGCCAUAUAUCUUAAAUCGUCUGACCCCAAAAUACACAGAGAUGCAGGGGGUAUUUUCUGGAGUCCUACCUUCAGUGCCCGACCAUUGGAACCAGAGUAUGUGUGGCAGUUUGCUGGAUGGAAUAGGGCCAACGAAAAGACAAUGGGACUGCUGGUCUUGUCAUGGAGGGCACCGGUCUGUCCCAAUGGGAUUAAAGAGACAUGUGAGGACACACACACUGGCAUCUUGCCAAGUAAAUACCCUAACUUCAGCUGAUCAAACGGUUUUCAAGUGUCAAGGGUCUACGGUUAAGUAUUCCUUCUGACAUCCCUGAAUGGAAUAUGCAUGCAUGCUUUUCAGUUGUAUUUUAGUAGUCUUUCAUUUUACCUAUUUAUUUUCUAACUUUUAACUGGUUACUAUCAAUAUAAGUAUGCUUAAAACAAAUAUUCAGAAACACAAUAAACAAAAGCUACUACAGUAUUUCAAUGCACCGUCAGCAUGUUUGGCCAGGUUGCGUCCCUCUUCAGAAUAGAGCAGUAGCAUAAUAUACAUUUCUCUGUGCAUUCUCAUGUUGUGUUGUCUUUUGUUAAAAACAUACAUUUCACCAGUACAUACAGUGCCUUCAGAAAGUAUUCAUACCCCUUGACUUAUUUCACGUUGUUGUGUUAAAGCCUAAUUCCAAAAAUGGAUUCAAUUUUUAAAAAUCUCACCCAUCUACACACAAUACCCCAUAAUGUCAAAGUGAAACAUGCUUUUAUACAUUUUAGCAAAUUUAUUGAAAAUGAAACACAGAAACAUCUCAUUUAUGUAAGUAUUCAGACCCCUGAGUCAAUACUUUGUAAAGGUCGAUUACAGCUGUGAAUCUUUUUGGGUAAGUCUCUAAGAGCUUUGCACACCUGGAUUGUACAAUAUUUGCCCGUUAUACCUCUUAAAAUUCUUCAAGCUCUGUCAAGUUGAUUGUUGAUCAUUACUAGACAGGCGCUAUUAAGUCUUGCCAUAGAUUGUCAAGCCGUUUUAAGUCAAAACUGUAACUAGGCCACUCAGGAACAUUCAAAGUAAUUUUGGUAAGCAACUCCAGUGUAGAUUUGGCCUUGUGUUUUAUAAAAAAUAAAUACCUUUUAACCCUUUUUUUCUCUCCAAUUUCGUGGUAUCCAGUUGGUAGUUAGUCUUGUCUCAACACUGCAACUCCCGUACGAGAGUCGUGCAUCAUCCGGAACACAACCCAGCUAUGGUGCUAGCAAAGACUUAUAGAUGACCUGGAGCCAGUGGGUUUUGCGACGAAUAUGUAGCGAGGGCCAGCCAACGAGAGCAUACAGGUCGCAGUGGUGGGUAGUAUAUGGGGCUUUGGUGACAAAACGGAUGGCACUGUGAUAGACUACAUCCAGUUUGCUGAGUAGAGUAUUGGAGGCUAUUUUGUAAAUGACAUCGCCGAAGUCAAGGAUCGGCAGGAUAGUCAGUUUUACGAGGGUAUGUUUGACAGCGUGAGUGAAGGAGGCUUUGUUGCGAAAUUGUAAUCCGAUUCUAGGUUUAAUUUUGGAUUGGAGAUGCUUAAUGUGAGUCUGGAAGGAGACUUUACAGUCUAACCAGACACCUAGGUAUUUGUAGUUGUCCACAUAUUCUAAGUCAGAACCGUCCAGAGUAGUGAUGCUAGUCGGGCGGGCGUGUGCGGGCAGCAAUCGGUUGAAGAGCAUGCAUUUAGUUUUACUAGCAUUUAAAAGCAGUUGGAGGCCACGGAAGGAGUGUUAUAUGGCAUUGAAGCUUGUUUGGAGGUUACAGAAUGGUGUCGUCUGCGUAGAGGUGGAUCAGAGAAUCACCAGCAGCAAGAGGGACAUCAUUGAUGUAUACAGAGAAAAGAGCCGUCCCGAGAAUUGAACCCUGUGGCACCCCCAUAGAUACAAGAUUAGUAUUGUGGAGUGAGUAUAAUGUUGUUGAUCCAUCGUCAGUUUUCUCAUAUCACAACCAAAAUCACAAAAAUCCUGAGUAGUUUCCUUUCUCUCCUCCAACUGAGUUAGGAAGGAUACCUCUAUCUUUUUAGUGACUGGGUGUAUUAAUACAUCAUCAAAAGCCUAAUUAAUAACUUUGCCAUCCUCAAAGGGAUAUUUGACAGCGCCUGCUUUUUAUUUUUUUAUUUAGGCUUGCCAUAACAAAGGGGUUGAAUACAUAUUUGACUAAAAGCAUUUGAACCUUACAUUUAUUAUUCAUUUCAAAAGAAUUCUUUAAAAAAAUCUAUUUUGACAUUAUGGGGUAUUGUGUGUGCAUCAGUGACACAAAAUCUAAAUGUAACCUAUUUUUAAUACAGGCUCUGACAACAAAAUGUAGAAAAAGUAAAGGGGUGUGAAUACUUUCUGAAUGCACUGUACAUACUAUCCCAGCUCAUCCCUCGAACAAUCUACUUUUUUUUUUAAAUGCCAUGCUGAGGUCUCUUUUCCUAACCUCCUUCCAUAACUAUGGUUAUAACUCAGCUUAAAUCAAUAAGAUCGUGUAAAAGACCAGUGGGACCAGAUUCAGGCUGGGAGCCCAUCAGGUCAGUAUGAAAAACGGAAAUGCCCUCCCUCCCCCAUCGGACCUCUAACUUGGAUUCCCACAGACUCUAAAGUAUAACAUCUACAUGCUGCUGAAUACUGAUUAUCACUGGGCUUUGCCUGCCUGCUACUCCACUCUGCUGGGUGUGCUCUCUGGUGGGUUGUACAUUGACAUAUUAUGGGGUGGGCCCAUGUAAUGGACAAACUUAUUAUGGUUCAACUGUAAGGUUAGUCCCUACUCUACAGGACAUUAAGACACCAUGAUAGCUGGCAGUUAUGUAGUCUGUUUUCAUUUCUGAUGUGUAUUGCCUGUGGUACGCAGCUACGUUAUUACCAUCAAGUGCUUUAUUCCACAAACUAUGGGCUAGUCCUUUAAAGUAGCUCCUCAAAGUUUCAAAUAUUUGUUAGUCUUUUUAGAGAAUUGAGGAGUGUGCUAAUAGAGAUGUAUCUUGUUCAGGGGAACUGGCUGAAUGUUAUUUUGUUUUUAAUGAUGCAUUCACCUAAUUUUAACAUUCUGUCAUAAAGAGCACAUGAUCAACGUAAUAAAAAACACAAACAUCUCAAGAGGUUUAAUAAAACAAUUACUAUAGAAAGCGCCUAUUAAGUGCCAAAUAAAGUAACAGGGUUGACAAUUUAAUCUUACAGUGGCAAGAAAAAGUAUGUGAACCCUUUGGAAUUACCUGGAUUUCUGCAUAAAUUGGUCAUCAAAUUUGAUCUGAUCUUCAUCUAGGUCACAACAAUAGACAAACAUAGUGUGCUUAAACUAAUAGCACACAAAUUAAUGUAUUUUCCUUGCCUGUAUCAUUUAAAGAAAAAGAAGAAAAAGAAGAAAAAGGUCAAGGAGGAAGAGGGAGAUUAAUCUGGUUGGGGAGAAACUGUAUUAUAUUAGAACUUUUAGUUGUCGUUGUUGCCUACAUCAUUGCCUACAUCAUUUAAACAUUCACAGUGUAGGUUGGGAAAAGUAUGUGAACUCCUAGGCUAAUGGAGUCCGCUAACCUGGAGUCCAAUCAAUGAGACGAGAUCGGAAAUGUUGGUUAGAGCUGCCUUUGCCCCAUGCCUCGAACAAAAGAGAUCUCAGAAGACCUAAGAUUACAAGUUAUUAACAUGCAUAAAGCUGGAAAGGGUUUCAAAAGUAUCUCUAAAAGCCUUGAUGUUCAUCAGUCCACGGUAAGACAAAUUGUCUAUAAAUGGAGAAAGUUCAGCGCUGUUGCUACUCUCCUUAGGAGUGGCCGUCCUGCAGAGAUAACUGCAAGAGCACAGUGCAGAAUGAUUAAUGAGGUUAAGAAGAAUCUUAGAGUGUCAGCUAAAGACUUACAGAAAUCUUUGGAACAUGCUAACAUCUCUGUUGACAAGUCUACGACACGUAAAACACUAAACAAGAAUGGUGUUCAUGGGAGGACACCAUGGAAGAAGCCACGGCUGUCCAAAAAAAACAUUGCUGCGCGUCUUAUGUUUCCAAAACUGCACCUGGAUGUUCCACAGCGCUACUGGCUAAAUAUUCUGUGGACAGAUUAAACUACGGUUGAGUUGUUUGGAUGGAACAUACAACACUAUGUGUGGAGGAUUCACAUACCCUGCACUGUGAAUGUUUACACGGUGUGUUCAAUAAAGACAUGAAAACAUAUCAUUGUUUGUGUGUUAUUUGUUUAAGCAGACUGUGUUUGUCUAUUGUUGUGACCUAGAUGAAGAUCAGAUCAAAUUGUAUUACCAAUUUAUGCAGACAUCCAGGUAUUUCCAGAAGGUUCACAUACUUUUUCUUGCCACUGUAAAUCAGCCGCAAAUCCCCUUGUGACGGGGAAUAUAAGCUUGUUGUGUUCAACAGAGUGGAAAUUGAAUGCAAGCUUCACCCAAAAAAUGUAAUAAAAAAAAAUGUGGACUGUCUAUAUGUGGGUAACAGUUGGCGUGUUGUUCUCGACCGGCUCAGUUCUCCACCACAAAACACCAGAAAAUGGACAAAAAGUAGAACCAGCUCAACUGCUUUUACACUGAUAUGAAAAUUAGAUGUUCAUUUUUCUUUUGGAAAAAAUAUAUUUAAAAAUGAGUAGUUUAACCAUAUUAAAUGAAGAGUUCAGUUCACGUAACAGGGUUGGCCUUAAAAUGAGUAACAGACAUAAAUGAAUUACUAAUCACAUUAAAUAAAUUAUCUUCAGAAAUGACUGUCAAAGCAACAAAAUAGCUAGGGCUUUACAAUGAUGGUGAAAAGUUGGAGAAGUGUUGGGGUUAAGUGGGUUAAUCUUCCUAGAAGUCACAGAGGGUACAUGGAGAGAUGUUUAGAGUCUUUACUCAUCUGAUUUAUUGAAUUAUCUGUGUGGUCUAUAUUAAAGGGCACUUCAUUGAAUAUAACUGGCUUUUAAAAUGAAAUAUUUGUGCAUCAUCUAUUCUAAAAAUAUCAAAUGGAUGCAAAAGGCACUCAUUUCGUGGAACGACCCAUCUAUUGUUUUACUGUUUCAGUUACUGUGAUCAGUUUAACUUCUGCCAAAUCACUAUAACUUGUUUACCAUACAAUUAUUUUAAGUGAAUGUGUCUGGAAUGGAUGUCUGAUAUCACAGCCACACACAAAAUCACAUGCAAGUAUGCACAUGCACACCCAGGCACAUGCACACCCAGGCACAUGCACACCCAGGCACAUGCACACCCAGGCACAUGCACACCCAGGCACAUGCACACCCAGGCACAUGCACACCCAGGCACAUGCUCACACAAACACACGCACAGUUCACAACAUUUUAAGCUUGAAACCACUAUAUUAUUUUGGUUGAAGUAAUUUUAUUGAUUUGAUCUAUUUUCCGUGUUCUAUGUUGAUUUGUGCUGCAGCAGUUCUUUGUUCAUUGUCCAUCCUCUGUAUUUUCUAUGAAGUGGAUGGCUGGUUUGCAUCAUUUUGUUUUAUUACAGACUAAUUCAAAGACUUUUAAUAUAUAAUCAUGGUUUUCAUAUUAUUUUAUAGUUGUAUGUGUUAUUCAGAAUGCACAAUGCAUAUUAAUGACUUAUUUAUAUUACUGUUAUACUCCCUAUAUUUUGAGGUGGAAAAUGCAUCAUUUGUAAUCAAUCUUCCUCUAGUAUGUGUUGACUGAUUUACACUCAAUCUGCUGUGAAGUAAUUGUAGACUGAUAAUACCAGGAUUCAUUAGUUCAAAUGUAUAGAUCCUUUUAAUCUGUACCCUCUCAAAUUUCCUUACGUUUGUUUACAAUUAAUGAUUGAUGUGUCUGCGUGGAAAGUGCAAGGCCCACCUGUCAAUAACAUAUUUGUAGUAGUUGAUUCAUGGUAUGGUCAACAUAUUCUAAUAAUGCCCUCCGGGGAAUGCUCUUGGUUUGGAGUUCAACAUGAGGCCAGUAGUAUUGUUAGAUGGAGUGGACUAAUGUUUGUCAUUUCUGGUCGAACACAAACAAACACUACAUUCUUGUAAUGCUUCCAGUUUUGUAAAUAAAUGUUGACCACUGCAAUUACA